GAGAUGCUGCGUUCAGAGCUGAGAGAGAGAGAGAGAUGCUGCGGCUGCGUUCAGAGCUGAGCGGAGGAUUUUACAGGCCGGAGCUGAAAUGAAGGCCGGGGCGUCCUCUAUGUGGGCGUCCUGCUGUGGGUUGUUGAAUGAGGUGAUCGGUACAGGGUCAGUGCGGGGGCAGCAACCUGGCUUUGGUGGGGCUGCCGGACCCUUCCGUUUUGCCCCGAGUGCCGGAUACUCCACCUACCCCCCCACCCCAACCCCCACCGCUACCACUGGACUGGUGUGCAAGGCCUGCGGACUCGCAUUCUCCGUCUUCAGACGCAAGCAUGUUUGUUCGGACUGUAAGAAGAGCUUCUGCUCGCUGUGCUCGGUGCUGCAGGAGAACCUGCGCAGGUGUGUUACCUGCCACCUGCUGUGGGGGACGGCAUUCCAGCGACGACGUUUGAUGCGUCUGCGUGUGAAGGACCUGCGCCAGUACCUGCGUCUGCGCAACAUAAGCACCGACACCUGCAGGGAGAAGGAGGAUCUGGUGGAGCUGGUGCUCAGACACCUGGGGGCAGAGCUACAGCCACCGGAGGACCAGGAGGAGGAAGAGGAGGAAGAGGAGGAAGAGGAGGAGGCGGAGUCAGACAGUCUGCAUCAUGCUCUGCCCACAGCCCUAACCCCGCCCCCUGCAGCGCGCUCCACCUCCCAGCAGUCUGUCUCUGCACUGUCAGUCUCCGCCUCUCAGGGAGAAACUCCCAGCCCCAGCAACAGCUCAGGAACCAGCCAGGAUCACGGGGACAUUGCAUCCGUCUCUCUCCUGACCCUGGAGCCCAGUGAUCGUUUACUAGAGUCCAGUCCGGUGGUGCAACGGCGAGCGCGGGCCUCUCUUUCCGAUCUGUCCCACGAGGAGGACAUCGAAGCUCUGACGGUUCGGCAGCUGAAGGAGAUCUUGGCGCGUAACUUUGUGAAUUUUUCGGGCUGCUGUGAGAAAUGGGAGCUGGUGGAGCGAGUGCACCGACUGUACCGAGAAAAUGAAAUCAACCGUAGAUCCAUGGAAAAUGUGAGCAACAGCAUCACGGCAGUGGUGGCAUAUCCUCCUCCGAUAUGUGAUGGAGGAGUCGGAGAUGGUGGCACUGUAGCUCCUCUGGGUUCAGUGGAUGAGAACCUGUGCCGUAUCUGUAUGGACGCUGUGAUCGACUGUGUCCUGCUGGAGUGCGGUCACAUGGUCACCUGCACUAAGUGUGGAAAGAGGAUGAACGAGUGCCCGAUCUGCAGGCAGUACGUAGUCCGGGCCGUGCACGUCUUCAAAUCCUAACGCUCGCACUCACGCUGAUCCGGACCGGACUCAGAGGCGCCCGCUACAGGACUGCUG